GGAGAGUGAAAAAAUACAAGAUUUUCAGACAUCAGAUGCAUCUACAGGUAUUCAGUUCUCAUAGUUAACUGCUCCAAAAAGAACGACCAAUCCAAAGAAAACUUUCCAUUUUUAGUUAGGAGCAGUUUGGCUUUGUGUAACUCUGUUUUUUGACACAAUUGAGUUUAGUUUUGAAAUGGUGGAAGGAUACAUGAAGUUGAUGGGGGGAAAUUCCUGGGGUUUGGGAAGCAGAUUUGGAUUUAACUGUUUAAGAUAAAAGUGUUUGGCUAAGUGGAAGCUUUUCCAUAGAGCUCUAGCAUUUGCUGAUUUGAGGUGAAAAGUGGGGUUGUUUAGUUUGUUUUAUGAAAAAAAUGGAAUCCCCCUUUUCAUCUAAAGAAAAGGGGAAUAAUAGUUCGGUUCCUCCAAGAGCUCAGAUGGAGGGUUUUGGUGGCACUGGAAGUACAAAGAAUUCACUUUCAGAGGAUCCUUUUAACUUUUCAGAGCUCAUGAACUUUGAUUCUUAUGCUGGGUGGUUUAAUAGCCCUUCGGCUGCAGAUCAGAUGUUUGCUUCCUUUAGUUUAUCCUCCUUUCCAUCCUUGCCGUAUGCCUCUUUCGAUUUGUUACCUAUUACAGGACAAAGUUCUGGUACCUUUGUUGAAGCUGCUGAUGCAUUGAAUGGCAUGGAUGGUUCUUAUAAUUGUGGGGACAAAAUGGUGAUCCAGCAAACAGGUACACACAUUGGUAAUCCAGUGGUUCCUUCUGAUGCAGAAUUGGGUUCUUCAAAUUUGCCUAAUACAUUGGUUUCUGGGCCAACUGGACCUUCACUUGAUGAGAAGAUGCUUAGAGCACUGUCCUUGCUUAAGGAGUCUUCUGGAGGGGGCAUUUUGGCACAAGUUUGGGUUCCAAUUAAGCAUGGAGAUCAGUAUAUGCUGACUACUUCUGAACAGCCCUAUUUGCUUGAUCAGAUGCUUUCAGGUUAUCGUGAAGUUUCGAGGACAUAUAUCUUCUCUGCAGAACAAAAACCGGGUUCUUUCCCUGGUCUUCCUGGUCGUGUUUUUAUCUCUAGAGUUCCUGAGUGGACUUCCGAUGUCAUCCAUUACAGUAAGGGUGAGUACUUGCGGUUUACACAUGCAGUCAAUUACAAAGUCCGUGGUUCCAUCGCCUUGCCAAUUUUUGAACCUCCUGAGAUGUCUUGUUGUGCUGUGCUGGAACUUGUCACUAUGAAAGAGAAACCCAAUUUUGAUUCAGAAAUGAAAACUGUCUCCCUUGCACUCCAGGCCGUUAAUUUAAGAACCAUUGCUCCUCCUCAACCUCUUCCUCAGUGCCUAUCAGGGAGUCAGAGAGCUGCUUUAGCUGAAAUAACUGAUGUUUUACGUGCUGUGUGUCAUGCGCAUAGAUUGCCGUUGGCUCUAACAUGGAUUCCUUGUUAUUACACCGAGGAAGCUGUGGAUGAAAUUUUAAAAGUAGGUGGUGGAGAGGGUAAUAGACGUCGGGACGGGAAGCGUGUCUUAUGUGUUGAAAAUACAGCCUGUUAUGUUAAUGAAAGAGGGAUGCAGGAUUUUGUUCAUGCAUGUAUGGAACACUAUCUUGAAGAAGGACAAGGCAUAGCUGGAAAAGUGCUUCGGUCCAAUCAUCCAUUCUUCUCUACCGAUGUGAAGACGUAUGACAUUGGUGAUUAUCCGCUUGUUCAUCAUGCACGCAAAUGUAACCUGAAUGCUGCGGUUGCAAUCAGGUUGAGGAGCACCUACACUGGUGAUGAUGAUUAUAUACUGGAGCUUUUUCUUCCAAUUAACUUAAAAGGAAGUUCAGAACAGCAACUCUUGCUGAAUAACCUCUCAGGUACCAUGCAACGAAUCUGUAGGAGUUUGAGGACAGUUUCGGAUGUGGAAAUCGAUGAAGGGUCAAAAAUUGAGGUUCAGAGGGGAAAACUCUCAGACUCCCCCUCAUUGUCUAUAUCUAGGAGGGUCUCGGAAACAGAAUUAUCUGCUGAUAGUGAAAUGAACUCUAAUGAUAGAGUUCCCUUGCAUGUAUCUACUGCAAAAAGUGAUGGAAAGGAAGCUGACGGUCCUCGUGAACAGGCAAUGAGUGGACCACGAAGGCAGAUAGAGAAGAAGAGAAGUACAGCAGAAAAGAAUGUGACCUUGAGUGUUCUUCAGCCGUAUUUCUCAGGGAGUCUGAAGGAUGCUGCAAAAAGCCUUGGUGUUUGCCCCACUACACUGAAAAGGAUUUGCAGACAACUUGGGAUCCCAAGAUGGCCCUCUCGCAAGAUUAACAAAGUGAAUAGAUCAUUAAGAAAAAUACAAACUGUUCUUGACUCUGUACAAGGAGGAUUGAAAUUUGAUCCAACCACAGGAGAGUUUAUUGCAGCAGGUACUGUCAUGCAAGAAGUUGAUACCCAGAAAACAGUAGUUCUCUCCAAUAAGAACCUUCCCAUCCGAAUUUCUGAACCUUUGGAUCUGGAGAAAUCAUCAGCAGCAUCACUAGAAUCUUGCCCUGAUGAAGAAAAUUCAGUUGUUAAAUUGGAAGAAGAUGAGUGUUCUUUCGGUGGAAACAACAACAUGGCUGCAAGGAGUGUGCUUGUUCCAAGUACCUGUGAAGAAGUAAAGCAAUCUGGUGUCCCUUGUAUUGAUUGUAAUGAUGACUCUAAGUCAGUUUCUCUAGAUGCAGGAUCAUUCCAGGCAGCUAGUGUUCGCACUGCAGAUCGGACUUGUCCAGAAAAUGCUGACGAUGAGAUCAAUAUCAGAAUGGAGGCUGGUGAUGGGAAUGCUGAGCACAACCACCAACCAACUUAUUCAAGUAUGACAGACUCUUCAGAUGGCUCUGGUUCAAUAUCACAUGGAAGUUCAUCAAGCUCUCAAAGUUUUGAUGAGGCAAAGAAUUUUGAAAUGAAGACAAUCUGUGUUGAUAGCAGCUCAAAAAUUACUGUAAAAGCUACCUACAAAGAUGAUACUGUCCGUUUUAAGUUCGAGCCAUCUGCUGGGUGCUUUGAACUAUAUGAAGAAAUUGCAAGAAGGUUUAAACUUCAAACUGGGACAUUCCAACUCAAGUAUUUAGACGAUGAAGAGGAAUGGGUAAUGUUGGUUAGUGACUCGGAUUUACAGGAGUGUCUGGAAGUUAUGGAGUUUGUCGGAACACAUAACGUGAAGUUUCAAGUUCGUGAUGUGCCAUGUGCUAUUGGCAGUUCUGGUGGUAGCAAUUGCUUUUUGGGGGGAAGCUAAUAGCCAAUAUGUCGAUGCUUAGGAUGCAAUCACCGGCCUUCAUAAUGGUUCCUUGAACUCUAUCCAGCUUCUAGUUCUUACAAUGGAAGAUGUAAUUAUCUGAAAGAAGCCUUUUUUCGCAUUGAUGUGUUACUCCAUUUGGUUUCCAUGGUGUUCCAAAAUAAAUGUCUUCUCAGCUCAAGGAUGCUGUACUUUGAUCUUGAUUCUUGAAUGGUUAUAACUGGUUUGAGUUCAAGAAAGGGAAAAGAAGAGGGCUUGGAAGAUGUGAGCAUGGAUUGUUAAUAAAUUAAGAUAUAUGUUUUUAUAUAGGUUUGUAAAUGUUAAGGGGGAGCAAUAGAAAUUCUUAAGAGGGGUAGCAAAGGGCAUUUGUCCUAUCCAGAUUUAAUCCAAUUGAUUUAUGUAAUAAUUUUUAAAGGUGUGGUUUAACAUAUCUGAAAUUCGAAUUUCAAUAUAUGAAAUGCUUGUUGAAA